AUGUCUUGUCCCCCACUGGUCAUUGCCUCUUGUGUUGAUCAAGGAUGGAAGUCCUUCAAAUCUACUUGUUACAAGUAUUUCGAUCAAGUGAAGGAGGAAAGGGGCCAAGCUAAAUCACACUGCCAAUCGUUCACCAGUAACUUGGUAAUGUUUAAGAAUGCUGAUGAACAGAAAUUUGUCAUUAACGAUGUCCUUCCUACUCAUUACGGCCGCGUGUGGAUUGGACUGAGUCGUGAUUCAGCCAACAAAACGGUUUGGAGAUGGGAUGAUGGCUCCCCUCUGACCUUUGCCCAUUGGCAGUAUAAUGAACCAAACAACCGGGAUGAAGAUUGCGCUCAGAUGGUGACUGGGUGGCACUAUGGGAAAGUGGAACGAUGGCUGGCUUGA